AUGUGGCUAACCGUGGGAUCAAGUGUUUCUGGUCAGGGUAAGCAAGUUAAGGCAGUCUUCGCAAAUAAAUUGCAUAAGCCUAAAAAACCUGAGGAUAUGAUGAAGCACAUCGGAAAUAAAACAAAGGCUUACGUUAAGGCUCAGACUGGAGGCAAAGGUCCUUGUUGGGAAGAUUUUAAGGUCUCAUUCAAGACAUAUGCCGAUGCUAGAUUUACUGAAUUGGACGGAUGUAAGAAAGCGAAAAAUUGCGUUAUUGGCGUUAUUAAUGGAAUGAGAAGCGACGCAGAAUUAGCUGUUGGUUCAGCAAAUAAAUGCUAUAAAAAGUGCGGUAAAGUGGGCUGCAAAGAAAACUAA